AUGUCUGAAGAUAAAGUGGCUGGAGUAGAAGCCUCCGCCAUCAGUAUACUCAAGAGAGCCGUGGAGUUGGAUAACAGUCACAGAUAUGAUGAAUCAUUAACAUGUUAUCAGGAGGGAGUCGGGUUACUGAUGCAAGUUUUAAGAAGUGUAACAGAUGCUGGUAAACGGCAACGGUAUCGACAGAAAAUUGAAGAGUACCUGGCUAGAGCUGAAGAGUUGAAAGUGUUUGUCAAAGAUGAAAAAGAAGCAUCAAAACAGCAUGAGCAAAUUCAAGUUGAACCUAAUUCCAUAGGCCAUUCAUAUGACUCCCUCUUUGGUCGUUAUCUGACCAACUUUGUGACAGUGGUUGAAGUGGAAGACCCAUACAUUCGGUCUCACCAUCAGAUUCAAAACUUUCUUAGACUUUGUGAGCUGGUUGUCAGACGAAAAUGUCCAGUAAAGCGUAUUGUUUUAACUACAGGCAGAGAUGAUGAUGUCAGCAGCCAGCAACAGCAGCAACAAAAACUGCUCAGUAUUGGACGGUCACUGCAGACCUGCGGGAUACAGCUACACAUCAAUUAUUCAAAUACACUUCAUGACAGAGAAAUCAGGUUGGACACUGGAUGGGUGAUAAAGAUUGGCAGAGGUCUUGAUAUUUACAAAAGCUGUGAUAAGUUUGCCAUAGGUUUCUGUGAUCUUGAACUCCGACCUUGCCAUGAAACUACUAUUGAUAUAUUCCAUAGAAGCUCCAUGAAAAUGUCUUCCAGCAAAUCGUAG